AUGUGGCUUAAACCCGAAGAGGUGCUUCUUAAAAAUGCGCUUAAAUUAUGGGUGACGGAAAAAUCCAACGAUUACUUCGUGCUGCAGCGCAGACGCGGAUACGGAGAGGACAGCGGAGGAUUGACAGGCCUGCUGGUUGGAACUUUGGACACAGUUCUUGACUCCACUGCUAAAGUGGCCCCAUUUCGCAUUUUACACCAAACGCCUGACUCUCAGCUGUACUGGAGCGUUGCCUGCGGAGCAUCUUUAGAGGAGAUCUUGCAGCACUGGGACUGGCUGCAGCAGAACAUCAUCAGAACUCUCUCUGUGAUUGACUCUGGGGAAGACAUCACCAGCUUUGUCCAGGGAAAGAUACGGGGUCUGAUUGCAGAGGAGGGCACAUCCACUGGUGAUGAUGAGGAGGAUCCAAAGCGCUUCAGGGAAACAGUGCUUUGCUUUGAACGUCUGUUCCGAUUGCCUCAGAGAGAGAAACUUGUGACGUAUUUCUCCUGUAGCUACUGGAGAGGCCGAGUUCCAAACCAGGGCUGGAUCUACCUCAGCACCAACUUCCUGUGUUUCUAUUCUUAUAUGCUGGGAAAUGAAGUGAAACUGGUGUUUCCCUGGGAUGAAGUCAGCCGCCUGGAGCAUACAUCAAACGUGUUGUUGGCGGAGAGCAUCCGUGUGCGUGUACGAGGAGAAGAUCAUUUCUUCUCGAUGUUCCUGAGGCUCCAGCAGACAUACCUGAUCAUGCAGCAUCUUGCCGACUACGCCAUCAUGCGCUUCUUUGAGAAAGAAACCUUUAAUACUGAACAUCCACUAGCCAACCCCCUUCACAUCACACAAAGGGCUCUGGAAAUACAUGCACGGAAUCAGUCAUUCCGAGCAUUUUUCCGCUUGCCGCAGGAAGAGAAUCUUUGUGAAGUAUACGAGAGCAUCCUCUGGCUUCCAUUCAGUCACAUGAACACGCUUGGAAAAAUCUGUGUCUCUGAGAACUAUCUGUGCUUUGCAAGCCAGGAUGGGUCUCAAUGCCAUCUCAUUCUACCUUUAUGGGAGGUGUUUAGUGUGGAGCUGCCAGACCACAGCACUCAUGCCCUAACUGUGUGUAUUCGUGGCAAGAGAGCUUUGCGUCUUUCAGAGGUUCGAGAUUUAGAGCGACUUGCUGCCACCAUCCGCAGGAAGUGUGGGACAGCUGGAAGCCCUCAGCAUUACUUCAGUAAUCAGGAUGAGGAAGGUGUGAUGGUGGGACAGAGUCAGGCUGUGAGCACUGAAGCUCUCAUGAACGUCUUUCAUCCACACGAUGCAGAAAACCUUGACCCCAAAAUGCUGAAGGAACGAAUGAAAGAGCAGUCGUGGCAGAUCCACUUUGCUGAAUAUGGCCGUGGAACUGGAAUGUUUUGCACCAAAAAAACACGUGAUCUCAUCGUACGAGGUGUUCCUGAGACUCUCAGAGGAGAAUUGUGGUUGCUUUUCUCAGGUGCUGUACAUGACAUGACCUCUCACCCCGGGUAUUACGGCCGGCUGCUGGAGGAGUGUAUGGGCAGCAGCUCCCUCGCGUGUGAUGAGAUUGAAAGAGAUCUGCAUCGCUCCCUCCCAGAACAUCCAGCAUUUCAAAGCGACACAGGAAUCUCUGCCCUCCGCAGAGUCCUGACCGCGUACGCUCACCGCAACCCCAAAAUUGGUUACUGCCAGGCAAUGAAUAUCCUGACGUCAGUUUUGCUACUGUAUGCUAAAGAGGAAGAGGCCUUCUGGUUGCUGGUAGCUGUGUGUGAAAGAAUGCUCCCAGACUACUUCAACCGCAGAAUCAUUGGAGCUUUGGUGGACCAGGCCGUGUUUGAGGAACUGAUCCGUGUGCAUUUAACCCAGCUGACCGAACACAUGACGGACCUGUCGUUUUUCUCGUCAGUGUCGUUGUCAUGGUUCCUGACUCUCUUCAUCGGUGUACUCCCCAUAGAGAGCGCUGUGAAUGUUGUCGACUGUUUCUUUUAUGACGGAAUCAAAGCCAUUCUACAGCUUGGCCUCGCUGUCCUUUACUACAAUAUGGACAACCUGCUCUGUUGCAAUGACGACGCAGAGGCUGUCACUGUCCUCAACAGGUUUUUCGACAAUGUCACCAAUAAAGAUAGUCCCCUCCCAGCAACCGUACAGCAGGCAUCAGCCAAUGACAAAUCAAUGCAAAAGGUUGACAUCUGUAAUCUCAUCAAGGAGGCAUAUGAGAAAUAUGUAGACAUUCGAACAGAGGAAGUGGAAACCAUGCGUAAGAGAAACAAGCUGUAUGUUAUUCAGACGCUGGAGGACACAACCAAACAAAAUGUACUGAGGGUUGUUGCUCAGGAUGUGAAGUUCAGUGCUGCCCAGCUGGAGGAGCUGUACAUGCUGUUUAAGAGGCAACACUUUGUGAGCUGCUACUGGUCAGUGUGUAAUCCCGCCCUGCAGAAUCAUGACCCCAGCCUGCCAUAUAUUGACCAGUACCAGCUGGGUCAGUCCCAGUUUAGCAGCCUGUUUAACAUGCUACAGCCGUGGACCACACAAACGCACACUUACACGCUGGCACAAUCAGCCUUCCGUAUACUGGACGAGAACGGAGAUGGACUGGUGAACUUCAAAGAGUUCAUAAAUGGUCUGGAUACGUUGUACAACAGGUCAUUCACAGAAAAGCUAAAGUUUCUCUUCAAAAUGCACCUUCAACCAGGGGCCCAGGAGUGUAAGGUUUUAAAGUCAUCUAGAUCUAUUCCUCCGGCUGAAGAUCACUCUUUCUCCACUCGCCUUUCUGACUCCACAGAGGAUGGAGUGAUCAGAAGAUGUCCAGAGAGAGGUCGCGCUAAAGUAGAUCUGCAAGAAUAUCUGAAACAGUGGCAAGAAGACUUGCAGCAGAGAGAGGAGAGUAUUAAAGAUCUGCCCAGAAUUAACCAGGUGCAGUUCAUUGGUUUGACGAAGACUCUGUACGCUGUGUUCCAUGGCAAUGAGGAGGAGGAGAGUCUGUACCAUGCUGUGGCGCGAGUCACCAGUCUGUUGUUACGCAUGGAAGAGGUGGGACGCAAGUUACUGGAGAGCAACCCACUGAAAACACCCCAAACUACACCCACCACCAUCUCCCACAGCACAGCUCAGCCUGAGGUCUCCUUGACAUCACCCACCAGCCCUAAGACCGAAGGUGCCCAUGUCCCACCAGAGUCUCCAGUGAUUCAACGUGAAACUGCUCCAUCUCAUGCUGACAUAACCCCUAACUCAAUCUCACGCCCCUCUACACCCACCAGCAGUCCUGCUGGAACCAGCAGCCCCACCUUGGACACACCCACAGACACUUCCAGCUCGCCCAGCACUGUCAGAGUUGAGGACUGGAGUUUUUCCUUCGAGCAGAUUCUCGCAUCUCUCCUCAAUGAGCCGUCUGUCGUUCGCUUCUUUGAACGGGCUGUAGACACGGAUACUCUGAUUGCAUAUGCAUGUAAAAACCAGCUUAAAGACACACACUAAGCACACACUUCAGAGCAAUCACAGCAUAACACUGCCCGAAAAGACAUAAACACUCACCCCUCACUCUUUCUCUCUCUUUUCCAGAUUUCUUUGGUUCUCUUCCUUUUUCUCUUUGCAAUUUAUGCUGGUCAGUGUUUGUAAAAAACAAUUAAAAUGUCUGUCCAUUACAGAUGAAGGAAAUAAUUUAGUUGAAAUACACAUGCACACUUGCAAGUUAAUUACAAGUCAAGGGGACCAAAAAGAGAAGAAUUAUAGGUAGCACUUUACAAUAAGGGUCUGUACAUAAACAAAUACAUUAGAUUUCAUGAAAUAACAAUGAACAAUAUUUCCUUACAGCAUUUAUUAAUCUUCGUGAAUGUUGUUAUAUAAACAUUAUUGUUCAAUGGUAGUUCAUAAUGCAGUAAAUAAUGUUAAUGUAAACAACUGUAUUACAUUCUUUUCUAGAAAUUAACAUUAACUAAGAUGAAUAAAUGCUGUAUUAGUAAUGUUCAUUGUUAUUUUAACUAUUAUGUUAAUUAUUGUAAACAUACAGUUGUAAUGGGGUUCAUGGAUGGUCGAGGAGGAGGCAGGAACCGGCAGAUCAGUCAAAAUAACUUUAAUGACAUAGGUCAAGUUAAACACAGGGGCUGCUUGUGUGUGUGUGUCUCUCUCUCUAACUGGUUCCUCCAGCUCGUCUUUAUCCCCCUCCAGGCUGAUAAGGACAAUUCAGCACCGGGUGUGCAUCCUCACUUCCAUCCUUCUCCUCAUCGCAACAGUAUUCAACCUAAUAUAAAAUGUUAGCAAAUUAUAAACUGACUGUUUGAGUUAUAAAACAGAUGUCAGGUGUGACAUUGAUGCAAUUCAGAUGACAGGUGUGAGGUAUUGUGAUGUAAUUAUAAAUGAUUGCUGUUAGCUGUAUUAUGUUGUAAUAUACACGAUUGACAUAACAUAUAUUGAUGAUUGGUACAGAUAUUAUGUAAUAUAAUUCACAGCUGUUGGGCAUUACAAUGUAAUGUAUGAGCUGUUAUGAUGUCAUACAAACAGUAGGUGUGAUUCCUCGAGUUGAUAUCCCUCGUUCCCAGCCUGAUCUAGCACGUAUACGCACAUAAAGGAAUUGCAGCCACCACUAAAGGGGUGAUAAUGUUUCAAAAUACUAUGCUGUUGAACUGCUAAUGAUUGAGCUAUAUAUUAGGAAAACUGACACAAAUGGCGCCUUUAUUUACCCUUUUGAAAUAAUCUUCAUAGUUGUUUUUGCUUCUGAGUGUAGUUAAGAAAUGCCUGUUAAGAUGUUUGUUUCUUAGUCAUUGAAUGUGUUUGCAUGUACAAACCGAAAUCUGUAGUUUAUGCCUUAUUCGUUUUGGAUUCAGGUUUUCAGUACAAAUAUCACAAGUGCUUCCAUUCAACAAAAACUAUUUAAUCUUUUCUGUUAUUGAGAAUAUUUUCUGUCAUCAUUAUACACAUAAAAAAAAUUUAAAGGAAUAAUCCGGAUUCAAUACAAGUUAAACUUAAUUGACAGCAUUUUGUUUUAAAAAUAAAAUUCUGGUUUACAGUGAAGCAAUUACAACUUGCACGCUUACUAACCUUUUCUCUGUAAAGUUAUUAAAAAAAAAAUCAGCUUCGUUGCCAUGACGACAUUAUGUUGUAAACUCCAAAACCAUAAACAACUGUAAAAAUUACAAUUUAAUCCCCUUUACAGCUCAAAUAAUACACAAGUUUUAAGAGCAGAAUUUAUGUAAGUGCUUUUAUAACAUUUUAAGCUUCACAUUUCUGCCUUUUAAACACAAAAAUUAGCCUUUAUUCGCUUCCAUUGUAAGUGCCACACUGUAACCUCGAGUUUCAGUUUUUAUAAAGAAAAGGAGGGACUCUUUGAAAUGUAUUUAUUUUUUAGUAAUCAACAUUAUGCCACAAAUGCUGUCAAUUGAGCUUAACAUGUAUUGAACCUGGAAUAUUCCUUUAAUGCCAUACAGAAAAGACUGAAAUGUUUUAGCAAGGGAAAUAUUAUAACACUAUAUAUUAUAUCCAAAAUCCACAACCAAACCUGUAAAUAAAAUUAAGUGAUAGUCCACUUGACCAAUCAUAAGUAAGGGAAUAUGUACAGUAUAUGCAGUAAUGUUCUGAAUUUUGAACUUUGUGUAAAUGCUGAGAGCUUGUGGUGAUAAUUGCACAAAUGUGAGAGAAAGGGAUGUUUUGUUUAAUGAUGUGGUCAUUCUGUCUGUCUUACACUAGCUAAACAAAGUUGCUCAUUCUGUGAGUAAUGAAGUAGUUUUGUUCUUGUUAAGUUAAAAGGCACCUCAGAGUAUAGGAUACAAAAGUGUGUAUUUUCUAUUUCAUUUGUUGGUAAAAGUUCAUCAGUGGAAGAUGCUAUUGUGUUACUGUCUCUAGCAGACACACAUACCCAGCCACAAAAAUCUGCUCAACACCUUUGCAGAGGAUUACCAGUGUUUCAUUUUCUCCGAGUCAUUUACUUGCUGAACAUUUUUUGUUAACAUGUACAGCAGAGUAUGUGUGGUAAUUUUUUAUUUUUAAAUUUGUUUUGUCAUAUUAUGAAAUUUAUCGGUGAUGUCAGUGAAAUAAAAUGAAUGA